AUAAUAUGCCUGGAAAUGCUUCUCGUGGCCAUUGCCCAUUACCAUGUAUUCUCCUACAAACCCUACGUGCAAGAGGCAGAGGAAGGCUCUUGCUUUGGCUGUUUCCUGGCCAUGUGGGAUGUAUCCGAUGUCAGAGAUGAUAUUUCACAACAAGUAAGACGCCUGGGGAGAACAAUGAGAGGGCAUCAGAAAAAAAAAUGUCUUCCUGAAGACCCGGAGCAUACCGAACACACAGGUCUGUUCAGUGAUGAUGUUCCCUCAUCAUCACAAGAUGCAGUUUCUGCAGGUUCAAAGCCAUCCUCACUUGCCCCAGGACCAGUAUCAGGGCUUUGGACACACGAUACUUCACAGAAUGCAGCUGCUGCAUCCAAGUCAUGUGAAGACAUUGUGAUGGAUGUCCCAGAAGAGCAGGAACCUUCUGAUACAGCCCAAUAUCAAGACUUGGAAGACACAGUUCCUUCACAGGAUACGCUUUCUGAGGCCAAGCUAUGUGAAGAUGUCAUUAUUGAUAUCCCAGAAAAGCAGAAGGAACCCCCAACCCAUCAAUGGACUCUUAAAGCUACCAUAAUCCUCUUUGUGUGUAGGCUCAAGAUCUGAACAGUUCAAAAUGUUGGAAAAAUUCAAAGACAGGCAAAAAACAGAUAUAACUACUAUAUAUAAUAAACAUACAUAUAAUGCCAAUACACACAUGUUAAUAUAUAUAUUCGUGUGUUUUGUAUAUCACAAAUAACAUUUAAAUUUCCUAGGAUUUGGCUUUCUUAAACUGUUAGGUUAUCAUAUAUUCAAACAGUAAAUAACAACUUCAGCUGAACUCUCUUGCAUUUCUCAAGAGGAUGGACAUUUGAAAAAAAAAUCAUUGCUUCUUGCCACUGCAUGAAUGUAAUGAUCUGGACUGAAAAUGUAAAUACAAAAUUAAGAUAAAUUUAAUUUAA